GGGGAAACAAUUGCAUUUCAUGCCCCGUUUCUUCUGGCAAGCCCUGCAGUUCCACUCAAAGAAUGAAAUCACCAUUGGCAUGGGUGGCCAUUGUGGUCACUGCAAUCUUAGCACAAGCGGAGAGUACUGUUCCUGUGAACCUGGCAUUGAGGAAAACAUGUCUGCAAUUCCAUGAGACGAGUGGGGGUAAAGCGAACCGAGCUGUAGACGGCAACAAAAACAAUGAGUAUUACCGCAACAGUUGCACCCAUUCCAGCGUCAACGGUGGUGAUAACGUCAACAACAAUUGGUGGGCGGUGGAUUUAGUUCAUACAUCUUUGAUACAGAAGGUUGUCUUAUAUAACAGAGGGGACUGCUGUGGUUCUAGACUAUCUAAUUUCGACAUCGUGGUGACACACACCAGGCCUACCCCAGGGAGGAAGCUUGUGUUUUCUUCUAGCGAGGUCUGUGCUCAUAAGACUGGAGCCGUCCCACAAGGUCAAUCACAGGCAUUUAACUGCAACAAGCAACUAGAAGGGAGAUAUGUUGCGGUCGUUAGGUCAAGAAGCCAGCAUUUGACUUUGUGCGAAGUCGAAGUCUUUGGAACCCCCAUUCCUCGGUGCAUUGCGAGUCAGAAAAGGGUUGGAACGAAAUGUGUUGCAAGGUGCAUUGCGAGUCAGAAAUGGGUUGGAUCGAAAUGUGUUGCAAGGUGCAUUGCGAGUCAGAAAUGGGUUGGAACGAAAUGUGUUGCAAGGUGCAUUGCGAGUCAGAAAUGGGUUGGAACGAAAUGUGUUGCAAGGUGCAUUGCGAGUCAGAAAUGGGUUGGAACGAAAUGUGUUGCAAGGUGCAUUGCGAGUCAGAAAUGGGUUGGAACGAAAUGUGUUGCAAGGUGCAUUGCGAGUCAGAAAUGGGUUGGAACGAAAUGUGUUGCAAGGUGCAUUGCGAGUCAGAAAUGGGUUGGAACGAAAUGUGUUGCAAGGUGCAUUGCGAGUCAGAAAUGGGUUGGAACGAAAUGUGUUGCAAGGUGCAUUGCGAGUCAGAAAUGGGUUGGAACGAAAUGUGUUGCAAGGUGCAUUGCGAGUCAGAAAUGGGUUGGAACGAAAUGUGUUGCAAGGUGCAUUGCGAGUCAGAAAUGGGUUGGAACGAAAUGUGUUGCAAAAUGUCCGUCACCACAGAAGUACAACACUGUGUCCGGAACAUGUGAAGCGAAAACAUGCCGCUGCUUCGCAGGUGGUGAUCCCCAUUACUACCAAUACGACGGCCACAGAAUCGACUUUAUGGGUAAAUGCAAGUACACAUUCACCAAGCUAAAGGAUGACUUCAAGACUGACAAGUGUUACUUCAAUGUAGAGGAGAAGAAUGUCCAUAUCGGUAACCCUCGAGUAAGCUUUGUGGGGUUGUUGGAUGUGACCGUCGAGGACAUGACCUUCAGAUACAGUCAACAAGCGGCGAAGGUUUCCAUCAACGGCGUCGACAGAACCAAGAGCAAUUUCCCUAUCACUAUCAGGACCAGGAAAGGCACAGACGUGAAAGUCUCAUACGCAAACAGGCAGUUCCAGGUCGAGGCCACAGCUUGUGGUAUGAUCACCACCUACAGGAGAUACUUCAUUGAGACGUUCAUCUCAUCCACAAUCGGAACCAAGGUGGAAGGAAUCUGUGGAACAUGUAACGACAAUCGAAAUGAUGAUCUUAUUGCUAAAGGACAGACGAAAGCCACAACUAAGAACGCAUUCUCGAGUAGUUGGUCCGUGCCCGAUGACUCUGGUCUACAGCAACAAACCAACUGCGAAGCAGCCGAUGUCAGUGGUGAUUGCACUGUUGCUUGGGCCACGAAAGUCAAGGACAAUAACCACUGUGGUUACAUCACAGACACAAACGGUCCCUUCAAGGCUUGUAUCGCAAGUGGUUUGGUGAAUUUGAAGCAAUACCAGGACAGCUGCGAGUUCGACGUGUGUUUCUAUUCUAAAGAGGCCACAGCGGCGAAGGACGUCCCUGAUGUUGUCUGCAAGAACUUGGCUGUGUUUGCUGAUGAUUGUGCAAAGCAAGGGCUGGGAAGUGUUUGGAGAAGAGCCAACUUCUGUCCUCUAAACUGCGAGGCAAAUGCGUCCUAUACUCCCAAGUUGUACCCUGCAUGUGAAAAGACCUGCCAACAGAGGAAUGCUCCCGCGGACUGCGUCGCUGGUGAGCCUGAAGAUGGCUGUUCUUGUAAUGAAGGCUACUUUAGACUUGGAAAUGACUGUGUUCUGCCUGGCAAGUGUGGAUGUGAUGCCAUUGAUGGACAACAUAUCGACAGCGGCAAUUCAGUUGUGAUGAAGGGUUGCACUGUCAAGUACGAAUGCACAGCGCAAGGCACCUUGAGGCAACUAGCUUUUCCUGCUUGUCAUAAAGAUGCUAGCUGCUCUACAGUAAAUGGACAGUACGCGUGUAAAUGCAAUGAUGGAUUCAAUGGUGAUGGACACUCUUGCCAGACCAACUGUCCGAAAGCAGAAGAAAAGUGGGACACUAAAGAUUCUAAGUGCGUUUUGCGUUGUCCAGAUGCCAAGACGGAGUGGGAUGAGAAGCAAGGCAAAUGCGUGAACCGUUGUUCAAUUGCCCAACUUUGGGAAGACACUUCAAAGAAAUGCGUAGAGCGCUGUGUCCCAGCGGACAAAUGGAACGAGGCAAGCAAAAAGUGUGAACCAAGAUGCCAAGUGGACCAGUUGUGGAAAAUGGACAAGUGUGUCAACCGUUGUGGUACAGGAGAAAAAUGGCAUGGAGCAACUAACAAAUGUUAUCAAGAUCCCAUGUAUCCAACGACGACGGAAGGAAAUGCCGGGGGAGCUGGUUGUGUCAUACCAUUCUUGUUUGGUGGAAAAUGGCAGGAGGACUGCGUCCCGGGAGCAAAUAAUAAGAAAUGGUGUGGUACUACUGAGAAUUACGAUCAGGACAAAAAGUGGGGUUAUUGCUCAGCUGCCUGUCGAACAAGUGCUGGUUUGGUCAAAAUGGCUGGUGACGCCUGGACAGAGGGCAAGGAAAAGGUAUUUUGUAACACUGAUGGAUCAAUUGGGAAGAUCACUGGAGAUCACCCAAGUACAACUGGUGGUACCGGGGGUGGUGCAGGUUGUGUCUUCCCGUUCUUAGACGGCACUGUUUACCGUGGAUCUUGUCAGCCUUACAAUGGCCAGCGUUGGUGUGGAACUGUCAAGGAUGGUACAAAAUGGGGAUAUUGUCCAGCUGCCUGUCGAACAAGUGCUAGUUUGGUCAAAAUGAUUGGUGACGCCUGGACAGAGGGCAAGGAAAAGGUAUUUUGUAACACUGAUGGAUCAAUUGGCAAGAUCACUGGAGAUUACCCAAGUACAACUGGUGGUACCGGGGGUGGUGCAGGUUGUGUCUUCCCGUUCUUAGACGGCACUGUUUACCGUGGAUCUUGUCAGCCUUACAAUGGCCAGCGUUGGUGUGGAACUGUCAAGGAUGGUACAAAAUGGGGAUAUUGUCCAGUUUCUUGUACGACCCAGAAAGGUGAGAGAAAGAUAGUUGGCGAAAGCUGGAUGUUUGAAAAGAAGAAGUAUUUCUGUGAUCAGAAUGCUGAAGUCUUCGUAAUUAAAGAUGAAAAUAUCAAUACGAAAGCCGGUGGCAAGUGCGUGUUUCCAUUUAAGUACAACGGCAAGUACUACGGAGGAUGUACAGGCAGCAAUCCAUGGUGCGCCACAACGCCAGAUUACGAUACAGAUGCAAAAUGGGGAUAUUGUCAUUUAAUAGCUACAUGCCUGCCGCAGGAUCAAAAGCAAGUGACAGCCGGCGAAACAUGGUCAAGUGGAGGGAUGGAAUAUUCAUGUGGAAGAGAUGGAAAAGUUAGGAAAAACGUGAAGACAUCCGCUGGUAACUGUCACUUCCCGUUCAACUACAAAGGCUCCACUUAUGAGGCGUGUACGGAGGUUGCAUCGGCUGGUAAACCCUGGUGUUACGUCGACGCAUCCGAGUCAGCGUACGGCUAUUGCUAGACCAUAUACUCUAACCACUGAUCCAUAUUCCUUUUUUUUUCUGUACUAGUAACUGCAAUAUGUACCAGCAAAUACCAAUGUAUGAAAAA